CAAGUUAUCAAUGUAUUAAUCAUUUUUUUUUGCGGCCGAUCGAUGAGUCUUCGGUCUCCGACCGAUAUUCUCGUUUGUAUAAUUGGUCAUCGGCACGUACGGUAGACGCAUAACGACGCUUCACUUUAGUUUUUAGUUACAUGAACACAUUUGCGCGCGGUCUAAUGGCCGUGUGCGUGAAAACCUACAGUGAUGAUAGCAAAAAAGUCUCAAAAAAUAUUACCAUCAUUGUACGUUUGGAAGAUUUGUAUGACACCGAAGACCAUAGCUUUUCAUCGAAGAUAUGAAAUUUUCCCAGCGUAUUAUGUCAAUCACAAAUAUGUUAACAUUGGUUAUUCUAUUCUAUUACAAUGGUGCCAUUUACAAUGCCAACAUUUAAUAUUCAUAUUUAGAUAUUCUGCAUUAUGGAAACUUAAUUAGAAAUGAAAGAAACCAUCAAAGACGUAUUUCCCUGCCUCAUCUGUGAUGAAAACUUUUCAUCAGGGGACCCGGCUUGGAAAAGCAUAUGUUUUUGCACAUUCAUGAUAAAAAUGAUGAGGCUCGAGAUUUGAGCGAAUAUGCAGCUAAGAGCAAUGCUUUUUCUCAACAAACUUGCGGCGAAGAGAAAUCUAAAGUUCAUCCACGCUGUAUCCAAACUGAUUCAAUUGAUAAGACUGACAAACCACGUAAUUGUCAUGAAAUAAAAGUAACCUCUCUUCUGGACGGAAAGUUGCAAAAUCAGUCACUUGUUCACACCAACACAAAAGCUCGGUCAAAUGUAGAAACCCAUUGUGAGUAUGAACCUCAUCUUUGUAGACGAGGUGGAAAGGAUUUAUUCAACUUAUGUGUGCAUGAACAAACUCAUACUGAAAAGAAACCCUAUAUUUGUAAAGAUUGUGGGAAGGCUUUUUUGUAUUCAUCUACUUUACAAACGCAUGUGCGAAUUCAUACUGGAGAGAGGCCUUAUAUUUGUAAAGAAUGUGGUAGGGAAAUUAUCACUGUAUCUAAUUUACAUAGGCAUGAGCAAACUCAUAAUGGAGAGAAGCCUUAUAUUUGUAAACAAUGUGGUAAAUCAUUUUCGCAAUCAUCUACUUUAAAUGUUCAUGAGCGAAUUCAUACUGGAGAAAAGCCUUGUGUUUGUGAACAAUGUGGAAAAAGAUUCUCAAACAUAUCUGAUUUACAUAGGCGCGAGCGAACUCACACUGGAAAGAAGCCUGAUGUUUGUAAACAAUGCGGCAAGAACUUUUCGCAAUCAACUGGUUUGCACGUGCAUGAGCGAACACAUUCGGAAGAGAAACCUUAUGUUUGUAAACACUGUGGUAAAGGUUUUUCGCACAUAUCUAAUUUACAUAUCCAUGAGCGAAUUCAUACCGGAGAAAAGCCUUAUGUUUGUAAAGAAUGUGGGAGUAAAUUUCCUCAUGUAUCAAGUUUACAUAGACAUGAGCAAACUCAUCGGACUGGAGAGAAACUUUAUUUUUGUCAACAGUGUGGAAAGUUUUUUUUUGCGAUUAUUCAAUUUACAAGUGCAUGAGGAAACUCAUACUGGAGAGAGGCCUUAUGUUUGUAAACAAUGUGGUAGUGAAUUUUCGCAUGUAUCGAGUUUACUUAGGCAUGAGCGAACUAAUGAAUCUCAUGAUACUAUAGAGAUUUCUUAUGUUUGUAAACAACAUGGAAAAAAAUUUCCGCGACUAUCUCAUAUGUCGGCUCAUGAGCUUAUUCAUACUGGAGGAACCUUAUGUUUGUAAACAAUAUGGAAAGGGUUUUCCGCAAUUAUUUACACUGAAAGCGCAUGAGCGAACUCAUACUGGGGAGGAGCCAUAUGUUUGUAGUAAAUGUGGUAAAGGGUUUUCGCAAUCAUCUAAUUUAUAUGUUCACGAGAGAAAUUAUACCGGAGAUAAUCCUUAUGUUUGUAAACAAUAUGGUAAAGGUUUUUUGAAUUCAACCGAUUUACAUAGGCAUGAGCGAAGUCAUCAUACUGGAGAAAAACUUUAUAUUUGUAAACAACGUGGUAAGGGCGCGCACUCAUAAAGGUGAGAAACCUUAUGUGUGUAAAGGGAAUUUUCUCAUGUAUCCAGUUCACACAGGCAUGAGCGAACUCAUCAUACUGCAGAGAGGCUUUAUGUUUGUAAACAAUGUGGAAAGAAUCGUUAGAAAAACAUUUGCUGAUUCACACACGCAAAAGACUCUAGAAGCAUGAAUAAUGUAGAAAAGAAAUCCUACCCAAGGAUAAAAAUAAUUGAAUCGCAAUGAUUUUAAAAUUUACUUUUAUUGUUUUCAAAAAGUAAAAUUGAAUUGAAAUUUUUUUUUAAAUGAUUCACGUAGUUUUCUUAUGAUGAUAAUUUUGGCAUUUAUGUACAUAAUAUCAGCUACGCGCAUUUGAGUAACAUCGUGAUUAUUGUUGGAAUGUGAUUAAGUAUUAUAACAUUUUCUGUGUUUUAAUUUACAUUAGAAAAAAGGUGAAAGUAAUAAUUGUUUUAUUGGGCAUUAUUUCUCACAUAUUGGGCGAAAGGUAUUGAAUCCGGUUUAUUUACCCUGCUAGGACAGUGAUUCUUGAACUUUUUCUCAAUACGCUUCUCUAAAUGCAUUGUUAGUCCGCCCUCAAUUUACUAAUAAAUAUUACAUUAUAUUUGCCGUCAAUAGUUUUUUUCUUCACAAUAAAAGAUUAUGAUAUUGAACCUUUGUGUGCCUAAAUCUGACACUUCUGAAUAUUGGGUUUUUCGCAACAAUAAACACGAAAAUUAACUCGAUUAUCAUUCACUGAAUCAAAUAUGACAUCUCAAGAAUUCUCAAUGUAGUUCUUUAUCUCGUUCGACUGUCAGAUGGGAAAAAUUUAUAUAUUUUUUUACCCCAUUUUUGUGAAACAAGUGUAACUCAUCUACUAAUGAAGUAUUGAAAAAUAAAUAACGCUUCUGU